AUGACUGAAAUGUACCCACCAGUGACGCUUUCACCUGCCUUUGCCCCUCUGAACGCAAACGUGCAGCUGAACAGCACUUCUGCCCCCGCCGCUGCAUCUUCCGUGAAAGAGGAAGCUUUCGGUUCUACGUUUUUAUUCUUGACUGAAAGAGACCAUGCCGCCUCGCCGCCCUCAUUGAAUACGUAUGCUCCUGCCCGUUCCGUUGAGAGAUAUUUCUCGAUGCUAGCGCUAUUGGUUUCCAUAUUUUUGGUCUUAAGAUGCAUCUACCAUAUUUCACCAACAUAUUCAUCUGAAGGGACGAAAGGACGCCGUGUUUCAGACAACGCAGGGAAUAACCCAUGCCAACCAAUGCCGAAGCAAGAACAACAUCGGCAGCACCCAGAGGGGGCAGUUGCUGCUCCAUCAGGGGCUUCUGCAAGCACGUCUUCUGUGGAAGGAGAAGCAUCAUCUUCGCCACCAACACCACUUAUCCCUCCCGGUUACUCCCCCGCGGCCCACUUGCAUCUAGUCGACCUUUAUCUCCAAUCCACGGCAAUGCAUGCAUGGAUGCUUCAAGUAGACCUUGCAGAAGCUGAUCUUGGCAAAGGCGGCAAUGCUGAAGGGUCAAGCCUUGAAGAUUUGCUGUGUAAAGGUGUCGAAAUUUUAAACGGCCUUCAAGCAAUCACCUUCUCGGAUGAGGUCAAUACUAAUGAACGGCACAGCUUCAUUAGUACCUUAGGCCAGUUCACUCAGCUUGCGAAACGUGUCUUCGAACAGGUGGAAGGGCGAUUGACUGAUGCUUGCAAAACACAGACAAACCUACUCAAGUCUGGUCUUGCGAGUGCCUCGGUCCACGUGCAACGCAUUAUCGACCGUCAUCUCAUUAACCCAGAGGACCCAGCAGUUCAGACACUCAUAGGAUUGAGAGAAGCUGUAAUUGCAGCAAAGGAAGUGUACGCAAUGGCAAAAAGCUGUUACUGUGCCUUAUUUGGUACCUCCGCUCUUGUUGACUCCUUAAGAAAUCUUUCCGCAGUUCUCACUGCAGUAGAAGGAUCCCUGCAGCUGACGGCUGAUGCUUGGGCAGACAUCUGGAUACAGCACCUUGCUGCUCUGCACCAGAGGUCGCAGGCAAGCGGAGGAGACGGGUCAAGGGAAAUAUUAACCGAUAUAAUGCCGACUGCUGAGAGAAUUUUGGAAAAACUCCGCCUAAUUUCCGGGAGAACCCGUUCACAAUAG